CCAGUCUUGAAGCUUGAGGACUGACAGAUUCAUCCACUGUGCAGUUCGUCAAUCUGGCCGCUAGCAGACAGAUAUUCGCCGAAGGCACGGGCCUCGAAUGCACUACUAACCCAAGCACAGUGGGCAGAUAUCGUAGUCGGCGGUCAUGAAAUACAACUUGUCGACAUCCCUGGGCUGGAUUCGGAGUCGGAGGGACACCCCGCCCAGGUCAAGUGUGAUCUGAUCCGGCUGUUGAGAGAAUUUUGGAAGGAGAAGCGUACCAUUGUCGGGAUCGUUUACAUGCACGACAUCACCCAAAAUCGGUCCAGCGCAGCUCUGGGUGAGAGCUACAAAGCGCUUUUGGAAAUAUGCGGCGAGGAUGCGAUGAAAAACGUCGUUAUUGCAACCAAUAUGUGGACAAUGCAUGAUCCUAAUCGUAUGGCACGCGAAAAGGGUAGAGAAAGGGAGCUGCGCUACGGGGAUCCUUGCUACAAGAACGCCUUCGAUCGCGGCGCGUCACUUGCCCGACACGACAACACAGCGGAGUCAUCGUCUGUUAUAUUGCAGCAGCUGCUUCGAAAGGAGCCCGUUGUCUUGCAAUGCCAGAUACCCGGUGAUCGUCAUCGUGGCGAACACAAACAGAGCGUGUACACCGCCUCGGAGAGUACACAUGUCGAUUCCGUGUACUCGGCGAAGGACCAGCCAGAACCCAGAUGCGGUGGAUGCCUGUCGCUUCCGAUUCGACGGAAAAAAACGGCAUGAACCCCAGGGCAGGAUGAAGCAGAGGCAGAUGGAAGGAGCGUGAUGAUUCUGAAGGUCCGAGACGUGUUUCAAAAACGAGAGUAACUCUUUU